AUGGAUGCCGAAGAGCUUCCGCUACUCGGAGGAGAGGAACGCGGCAUAGAGUGUCUGUACGGUGGGCUGGAGAGCAGACUCGCCGAUGACCUUGUGCUUGUUCUGGUGGCGGUCAACGUGAUCUCGUUUGUGCUCUCGACAGUGGAUGCCAUCGACGACAAAGUGGGGACGGUGUUUGAUGUCAUCGAAGCUGUCUCGGUGGCCCUCUUCACCAUCGAGUAUGGUCUACGGAUGGUGGCGAUCGGCGUAGAAGACAAGUACGCUGGUUGGUCUGGUCGCGCAAAGUGGAUGGUCUCAUUCUUCUCGCUCGUCGAUCUCGCUGCCAUCAUGCCGUUCUACGUCGGCUUGGCUAUCGGCGAUGAUGUCGGCACCACGCAGUUUGUGCGCAUCUUGCGUGUCUUUCGCAUGUUUCGCGCCGAGGGCCGGCUCGUCGAGGCCUUUACUCUGCUGGAUGAUGUGGUGCGGGCGAACCGGGCUCUCCUGGCUACUUCGUCGUUCAUGGGCGCUGCGCUAUGGCUUCUUCUUGCCGGCGUGUUGUAUGCAACCGAGAAGGACAACCCCGAUGUGGCUGGAGAGUACGAUACCUUCUUCAAGGCACUCUGGUACGCGCUGCUCAACUUGCUUGGCGAGUUCCCGAUCGCUGCCGAGCUGUCUAGCGCCGGCAAGGCGGUCUCUUGCUUCACUGUCGUCUUUGCAGUCGGAUUCUUCUCGAUCCCAACCGGGAUUAUCGGCGCGGGCCUGCUUGACAUGCUGACCGAGCGGCGCAAUGCGCGUGCUGUCGCAGAUGACAGCCGUGAUGCCGCCAACGUCAGUCGAGAACAUAGUCUCUGCCGUGGAUGUGAAGCUUCCGCCCGUCAAGCUCACAUUGCCGCCAAGGGGCUCGGUGGCCGCCUUUAUCUUGUACUCGACGGUGUCGGCGUUUGGGGCAGGAUCAUCGAGGCCUGCAUCAUGGCUCUCAUUGUUGUCAACGUGGUAGUGUUUUCGAUCUCGACUCUACCAGACAUUGGCUACGACGGUGCGUUCUUUGUGUUUGAGGCAAUGACGGUCGGCCUGUUUUCGGUCGAGUACCUGCUCCGGCUGUGGACAGUGGCGUUUGGUACAGCUGGCGAGGGCGAGACGAGCUGGCAGGCUCGGGCGCGAUGGGUUGUCUCGUUUGAGUCUGCCGUGGAUCUAGCGUCGAUUGUUCCGUUCUACGUCGACCUCGCGUUGACAGGGACGGAUGUCUCGCCGACGACGCUGCUGCGAGUGCUGCGGCUAGUUAGGCUGCUCAAGGCCGACUCGUAUGUCCAUGUCUUUGAUCUGAUGGACGAUGUGGUGCGGGCAAACGGGGCGAUGUUGGCGACAACGGCGUGGGUGGCGCUGGUGGUGUGGAUACUGGCGGCGUCGCUGAUGUAUGCCACCGAGCGGCACAACAGCAAUCUCGAGGUUGCGUCCGAGUUUGAGUCUGUGCCCGAGGCGCUGUGGAUCACCUUUCUCAACCUGACUGGCGAGUACCCGCUGGCAGACUACACUCCGUGGGGCAAGGUUGUGUCGUCAGUGGUGGCACUCGUGGCCAUCGGCGUCGCCGCGCUACCGACCGGCAUCUGGGCGGCCGGCUUUGAGGACGCGCUCGCCGAGGCCAAGGCGCACACGGCCGAGGACACCACCGAGUGCGAGCAGUGCAUCUCGCCUGAGCUCGCAGCAUCAUCGGCGCGGCUGCGACUGCGAGCGGCGGCGUUUGUGCCGCUGGCGGCGCACUCGCCACAAAGGGCGGCGCAGCUACGGAGCUCGGGACAAUCUGCGGCGGCUCGAGCACCGGACUGGAUACGCAGCCUGUACGCCUUUGUCUCGGGUGCAACUCGUGCCGGAGCAGCGGCCGAGCUUGUGGUGGUGGGCCUCAUCUUUGUCAACACCAUCACGUUUGUGCUCGGCUCGGUCGACUCGGUGGCUGCAAGCGCGACUGCGGUCAAGGUCUUUGAAGUCCUCGAGGGCUGCACGAUGGCGGUGUUUGCGGUCGAGUACGCGGCGCGGGUGAUAGCGGCGGGAGCAGAUGCCAAGUACGCUCGGUUUGGCUGGCCGCGACUACGGUACUGCUGCUCACUCUUCGCGCUCCUUGAUCUGGCGUGCCUUGUCCCGUAUGGCGUGGAGCUUGUAACGCGAACCGAGCUGAGCUCGACGGUUGUGUUCCGGCUGUUUCGGCUGAUGUUCCUGCUCAAAUCAGAGUCGUUUGUGAGUGUCUUUACGCUGCUUGACGAUGUGUUUGUGGCCAAAGCGCCACUGCUGCUGUCGUCGGCGUUUGUGGCCGGUGUGUGCUUGAUUGUCUUUGCCACACUCUUGCACUACACCGAGCAGCACAACGAGAUUGUGGUGAACGAUCUAAGCAUGGCGGCACGAUACGAGAGCAUCCCGUCGGCGCUGUGGUACACGCUGGUCCACCUGACGGGCGACUACCCGCUGUACCAGUACACGUGGUGGGGCAAGGGCGUCAACUUUGUGUCUGCGCUCACGGCGGUGGGCGUUGUGGGCAUUCCGUCGGCCGCGAUUGCUUCGGGCUUUGUCUCUGCGCGGGCGGCAAUUGACGGUGGCGAGUUCGGCGGUGAGCGGGACGACGCACUUCCGCUGAUCCCAGCAGCGGGCGACGACGCGCGGUGCCGGCAAUGCCGGGUGGAGAGGGCACGCGCCACAGGCGUCGCCGGCUGGCUCCACGCACUGUUUGUUGGCGAUCUACGCGUCGGCCACUGGCCCAACUACCUCCUCAACGGGCUGAUUGCGGUGAAUCUUGUGGCGUUCGCGCUCGGGACCGAGCCAAGUGUCCGCGCGGGAAGCGGCGGGCGGGUGGGCGACGCGCUUGACGUGGUCGAGUGGAUCUCGGUAACGGUCUUUACGAUCGAGUAUGUGGCACGGCUUGUAGCUGCCGACGCAGAUCCUGACUGGGGCUACUCGCGGCUGCGGUACGGGUGCUCGUUCUUUGCGCUCGUUGAUCUUACGGCGAUCGUGCCAUUCUACGUGAGCGUGGCCAUCGGUGACAGGACAUCUGUAUCGACGCUCCUUCGCGCACUGCGAGUGGUGCGGGUGCUCAAGGGUGAACACUCUGUGGAGGCGUUCACGCUGGUGGACAACGUGGUGGCGGCGACGGGCCGGGUGUUGGCGACGACUGGCUUUGCAGCCGCUCUGGUAUGGAUCAUCUCGGCCUCGCUGUUCUACAUUGCGGAACGCUCACAGGCGUACACGGAUGGCGCUUUUGACAACAUGCUUCUCUCGCUCUUCUUCACCAUGAUCUUCCUCGGAGGCGAGUGGGCGGUGGUGGACUUUACGCCGUGGGGCGAGGCUGUGGGUGCGUUCACCAUCGUGCUCGCCAUCGCCAUCUUUGCGGUUCCAGGCGGCAUUCUCUUUGACGGCUUUGCCGACAUUGCCAAUAAGCGGCGUGAGCUGCGAGACCAGCUAGCUUCACGCGAUCUGCUCUGCUCUGGCUGCGGCGCGCACAUCCAAUCGUUCGUCCGCCAUCACGUGGCCUAG